AAGCAGAAGCAGAAGCAGCAGCAGAAGCAGCAGCAACAGCAGAAACAGCAGAAACAGCAGCAGCAGAAGAAGAAGAAGAAAGCUGCCGCACCAGCCCAGACUAGUAAUAAAAGCAAGGAGAAAGCAAUGGUUGUGUCUCCGCCUCAGCAAACCAUUAAUACCAUGCCGUUGAGCAAGGGUCAAGAGAAGAGGGCGAGAAGGGCCAAGGAAAGGGUGCUGCAGGAGAGGUCUCGAAACGUCCAGACGCCGGCCCAGAGCAGCACGUCGAAAAGCAAGAACAACAAGUAGAAUAAUACGUUGGAAGGUCACUUUUAUUCUAGAUGGCACUAUUCUUUACAAUGCUUAAGUUCACGGAUCGGGGGAGGUGCAAUUUUAUGGCUCAGAUUCUCGUGAGUACUUACACCAAGGACUCGAUAAGCGGUCUUACGAUUACGAUACUCUAUUUGUUGCGGUCUCCUCGAGGUUUCUUGCGGUCAAAUCUUACCCCUUUUAAUGUAGCACUCGGGUGUCUCUACCUUAUUUUCCUGUUUACAGAAGACAGGUGUCAUUCCAUAAAUAUAGACAGUAGCUUCCAGCC